GAAAAGUGCACACUGUCUAGACGCACACACACGAUGGCCAAACCCGCCGCCCAGAUCCACCGCGCCUGGUGGAAGGAAAGCUCCGUAUAUCAGAUCUGGCCCUGCUCGUUCAAGGACUCCAACGAUGAUGGUAUCGGCGAUAUUCCCGGGAUCAUUUCUAAGCUCGACUACAUCAAGAACCUCGGCAUUGAUAUUGUCUGGCUCUGUCCCUCGUAUAAGUCGCCCCAGGUGGACAUGGGCUACGAUAUCGCUGAUUACUACGACAUCGCCGAUGAAUACGGCACGGUCGCAGAUGUGGAAAACUUGAUCAAGGGCUGCCAUGAACGCGGCAUGAAGCUCCUCAUGGACCUAGUCGUGAACCACACCAGUGACCAGCAUGAGUGGUUCAAGCAGUCGCGUAGCUCCAAGGAUAACGAGUAUCGGAAUUGGUACAUCUGGCGGCCGGCCAGGUAUGACGAGCAGGGAAACCGCCAGCCGCCGAACAACUGGGUGUCGCAUUUCCAGGGGAGCGCAUGGGAGUGGGAUGAGCAUACACAGGAAUACUAUCUGCAUCUGUACGCCACAGAGCAGCCAGAUCUCAACUGGGAGCAUCCGCCGGUUCGCAAGGCCGUCCACGAUAUUAUGCGCUUUUGGCUGGACAAGGGCGCCAACGGGUUCCGCAUGGACGUGAUCAACUUCAUCAGCAAGGACCAGCGUUUCCCGGAUGCCCCAAUCCACGACCCCCGUACCCCUUGGCAAUGGGGUGACAAGUACUAUGCCAAUGGGCCUCGGUUGCACGAAUACUUCCAGGAGCUUGGCAAGAUUCUGAAGGAGUAUGAUACGUUCAGUGUGGGUGAGAUGCCCUUCGUGAAGGAUACGCAAGAGGUGCUUCGAGCGGUGCAGUAUGACCGGAAUGAGCUCAAUAUGAUCUUCAACUUUGAGCAUGUCGACAUUGACCAUGGUACAUACGAUAAAUUUGAGCCAGGUAGUUGGAAGCUCACCGACUUGAAAUCUUUCUUUGAGAGGUGGCAGAAGUUCAUGUAUGAGAAUGAUGGCUGGAACGCCCUGUACUGGGAGAACCACGACCAGCCGCGGUCGGUCGAUCGGUACACCAAUGCAAAGGAAGAAGACCGAGUUAUUGCAUCCAAGAUGCUGGCCACGAUUUUGGCAUUGAAAGCUGGGUCUCCGUUUGUAUACCAGGGCCAGGAGAUUGGCAUGGGGAACGUGCCUCUCGAAUGGGACAUUGAAGAGUACAAGGAUAUCGACUGCCUCAACCACUGGAAGAGUCCAAUGGCUGAUGCACCAAACGGCGGAUUCACCGGCCCCAACGUCAAGCCCUGGAUGUCUGUCAACCCGAACUACGCUCGCGGCAUCAACGCCGAGGCCCAGGUCAACGACCCCAACUCAACCUACAGCUACUGGGCGUCAGUGCUCGGGCUCCGCAAGAAAUACGUGGACAUCUUUGUAUAUGGAAACUACGAGCUGGUCGACCGGGAUAGCCAGGAGAUCUUCGCGUAUACCCGCCAGUAUGAAGACCAGAAGGCGCUGGUGUUGGCCAACUGGACUGACGGCACAUUGGAGUGGGAUUCUUUUUCGAAUGGUGUGAAGGGAGUAAAGGAAGUGUUGUUAAACACAUACGACAGCGCAAGCGAUGCGAAGGACAGGUUUUCUGGCUCCAAGUGGUCUCUUCGUCCAUAUGAGGCUGUGGUGCUGCUCAUUGAGGCCUAA